AUGGCUUCGCGGAAGACGCAGCAAGAAAUCGACAAGACCUUCAAGAAAGUCGACGAAGGCAUUCAGGCUUUCGAAGGCAUCUACGAGAAGAUUUAUUCAUCACAAAAUGCCGCUCAGAAGGACAAACUGGAAGAUAACUUGAAGAAAGAGAUCAAAAAGUUGCAGAGAUCGCGCGAUCAGAUAAAAACAUGGGCCGCAGGCAAUGAAAUCAAGGACAAAUCCGCACUGCUGGAACAGCGGAAGAGGAUAGAGAAAUGUAUGGAAAUCUUCAAGGCCGUGGAGAAAGAGAUGAAGACAAAGGCAUUCUCCAAAGAAGGUUUGUCGCAGAGCAUCAAACAAGAUCCCAAAGAGAAGGAGCGUGAUGAAUUAUGCGACUUCCUAUCUGACCAGCUUGAUGAGAUCACAAGAAUCUUGAUCGAAGAACUUGAGCCUGAAGCUAGUUCAUUACAGGCGCAACUCAGAAAGAAGCAGAAGGACAACAGCAAGGCGGACCGCUUAGCCGAAAUCGAGAACUUCACCGAGACGUACAAAUGGCACGAAUCGCGACUCCAACUCUUACUCCGAUCUCUACAGAAUGGAAAUGUGGAGAAUGACAUGGUGUCUGCAAUCAGAUCUGAAAUAGAGGAGGUGGUGAGGGAUGGACGAGAGCCGGAUUUUGAAGCCGACGCCUACGAAGGCAUCUACGACGAUUGUAACCUGGACAGUGAGGAGGCGCAGUUUGGGCUGAACAAUGAAAACGAUCGUAUUUCCUCCCAAGAUACACAGUCGAUACAAGAAGACUACGAACCAGACGCUGUCGUUCUGAAAAAGACAAAGUCCGAGCAUCCACCGGCACGAAGACCUUCGACACAACUCAAAUCGCCUCUACCUGCUUUGGCAACGCUGAAUCCCAUGCUCCCUCCGCAAUCAAUACCCAAAGACCCGACCAUGAAACCUGCGCCGAUACCCAACCGACCACCAGGUGAAAUUCUGAAAUAUGCAUCUGCCGCCGCCGCUGCGGCCGCAAGUGACAAAAGUGGGGUUGGUAUUGCUCCUUUGCCGGCUCCAGUGGGAGUGACGCCUGCUGCGCCUUCUCAUGCACUACCAGCACCAGUUAGAACAUCGGCUACCGCUUCUCCAGCUUCCAGUCCAGCGCAACCCGUGGUCGAGACAGCCUCACCUGAUUCACCUCCCGCACUUGGCAUGGACGGGCCUGGUUCCCAAGAACAUCUGAGCCACUCUAAAUCUCCCACGCUAAGUUCUGGCAGUGCUCCAGCUGCGAGUGUGCCUAACAGUAUUCCGCCAACGCCAGCGAUGGAGAUUUCGGAAGCGAUCCAGGAACCUGUCAUUGCAGACGAGCUACCGACAACCAACGGAGAUGGACACGAUGAUCAUUCAGCAGUUGAAUCGAUAUAUCACCUUCCUCCCGGCCUGCAAGACCUCCUUGACUCGUUCGAGACCACCAAGAGCCGAGCUACACAGCCACCUUCACAGCUGGCACGAUUGCUCCAAGCCUCCCAAGAGACCUGUCCGGAACCAUCCGAUGGAGAUCGACCUCAGCAUUAUCGCCCUUCGUACAAGUACAAUACGCCGUCGCAUUACCCUCAAGAUGUACUGCCGAUAUUUGAUGAUCCGGCAUUGUACGAUACGCAGAGACUGGAAACGGAUACCUUGUUCUACAUAUUCUACUACCGCCAAAACACCUAUCAGCAGUGGUUGGCCGCGAGAGCACUCAAGCAGCAAAGCUGGCGAUUCCACAAGCAGUAUCAAACAUGGUUUCAGCGGCACGAGGAGCCCAAGCAGAUUACGGAAGAGUAUGAGCAAGGAACGUAUCGCUUCUUUGACUAUGAAAGCACAUGGAUGAAUCGUCGAAAAGCCGACUUCAAGUUUGUGUAUAAAUUCCUCGAGGAUGAUUUGUAG